AACCAUUUCCCCAAUCUCUCUCUCUCUCUCAUUUUUGGCUUCUUCGCCACAGCUCUCUCCUUGUCUUCACACAGCUCUUUCCCUUUUUAACCUUUUCCCUCCUUCAUGUCUUCACCCCUUGCUUCCACCCAGCUUCGGUUCUAAUCCGGCCCAAAACCUAAAUGCAUCCCUCCACGGCCACCAUCACUCCCCAACCAUCGCUUCCACCGCCGCCUCCCUCACCGGACAAACCACCGCAAACAUUCCUUGACUUAAUCACAGGUGUUCUCUCCCUCCUCCUCGUCUCCUCCCUCUCCGUCAGAUCUUUCAUCGGACGCUGGCAAGUCAUCCGUACUAAACUCUCCUCUCUUCAAUCCUCACUCUAUUUACUCUCUGAUUCCCCUCACUGGUCUCAAAACCCUCUUCUUCAUACUCUUCUCCCUUCCCUCCUAUCAACUCUGCAACGCCUCCACUCUCUUUCCCACCAAUGUGCUCUCUCCUCUUUCCCCGGCGGUAAACUUCUGUUUCAGAGCGACCUCGACAUGGCUUCCUCCUCCCUCUCCAAUCACCUCCAUGACCUGGAUUUACUUCUCAAGUCUGGAGUCCUCCACCAGUCGAAUGCUAUCGUCCUCUCGCAUCCCGGCCCCAAUUCGGACAAAGACGAGUUAGCAUUCUUUGUGCGAGAUCUUUUUACCAGAUUGCAAAUCGGAGGGGUGGAGUUUAAAAAGAAAGCUUUAGACUCGCUUAUUCAGAUUCUAAACGACGAUGAGAAAUCUGCCAGUUUAGUUGCUAAAGAGGGAAAAGUUGGGUGUUUGAUUAGUUUACUCGAUUCUCACAAUCAACGUGUUAUUCAAGAACAAGCGGUCUUGGCCGUGUCAAUUCUGGCUGCAGGAAGCGAUGAAGCUAGAAAAACUGUAUUUGAAGAAGGAGGAUUGGGGCCUUUGUUGAGAAUCCUUGAUACUGGGUCUAUGCUUUUAAAAGAAAAGGCUGCGAUUGCGAUUGAGGCAAUCACCGCGGAUCCGGAGAAUGGAUGGGCGAUUUCGGCAUAUGGAGGAGUUUCGUUAUUGAUUGAAGCUUGCCGAUCUGGAUCGGAGGCCACGCAGACACAUGCUGUAGGUGCUAUUAGGAACGUUGCAGCGGUGGAGGAUAUCAAGAUGGCAUUAGCAGAGGAAGGUGCUGUGCCAGUUCUAGUUCAAUUGCUUGUUUCGGGUACCAGUGCUGCCCAAGAAAAGGCAGCUCAUUGUGUGGCGAUACUGGCUUCUUCCGGCGAGUAUUUUCGCAUGCUGAUAAUACAAGAAAAGGGUUUGCAAAGAUUAAUGGAUUUGAUUCAAAGUUUGCCGAAUUCAGAUACUGUAGAACACGUUAUGCGAGCUAUCAGCUCUCUUUCAGUCUCAGAUUCCACGGCUCGGAUUCUGUCAUCAUCGACCUUAUUCGUUAUACGCCUUAGCGAAUUCACCAAACAGGGCAGCCUAUUAUUGCAACAAAUCUCAGUAUCACUGCUUGCCGGCCUCUCAAUUAGCGAUGGGAACAAGCGAGCUAUUUCUGGCUGCAUAGCUUCACUGGUGAAGCUAAUGGAGAUGCCAAAGCCUGCGGGUAUACAAGAGGCUGCAACAGCUGCAUUAGUGUCGUUAUUGACUGUCCGGUCGAAUAGGAAAGAAUUGAUGAGGGAUGAAAAGAGUCUGAUGAAAUUAGUCCAGAUGUUGGAUCCAAAACAUGAGCUAGUUGCCAAGAAGUUUCCGGUAAUGGUGGUCGCCGCCGUAGUGAGUGGAGGAAGCGGCGAGUGUAGGAAGAGACUUUUGGAUGCUGGAGCUUAUCAGCAUCUGCAAAGGCUGGCGGAGAUGGAGGUUGCCGGAGCUAAGAAGGCUAUGCAGAGACUCGCCGGGAAUAAGCUGAAGAAUAUAUUCUCCAGGACUUGGAGGGAAUAACCAGAAAAGCAACUAACCCCGCCAACAAAAAGGAGUCUUCUGUUUGUAUUUUCUAACUGUCCAAGAAUGAGGAAAACACUACUUUUGUGGGCAAAGCAAGCUACCAACAAACACACAUCUCGUAUACUCCAACCCCACUUUCUUUUUUCUUCCACCUUUUAUAAUUUCUAUUAACACAUGAUAUCAUAUAAUCUUAUUUAAUUCCAAAAUAUUUACAUAUUAAAUGGCAAAAGCAUGGAGGUGGGUUUUAGGAAGUAUCCUCGAUUGCUUUUGUUUUUCAUAUUGUAAUCCUUAUUGAUUGAUUCACCCUUGAAGCUUGUAAGGGAGGUUAUUAUGAUUAUCAGUCAUGCCUUAAUCUGUAAUUUUUUUUUUUUUUCUGGAAAAUUGAUCAAGUUUGUUUGAUAAUGUACAUCCCAAAGAGUCUGUAAUGGCUAUGGAUUUUUGAUACAAACUAAGCGUGCAAUGGAUUGUUGAUGUUUUGAUUCUGAA